GGAAAACCAUAUCCUCGGUACGCAUGUGCAAGUCGAGCUUGCCUUGGCAAAGUAAAGCGCAGAUUCGGGGCAAGUGGUGCCAUGACGGAGACGGACCAAACCCAUCAUGGUCACCACCACUACGACCAGGAGGUGGUUGCUCCAGUGGGCUCCCCGCCCUCCAAAGCCACAUUCGAUAGUGUAUCGGUCUUCGCCGACGCCGUUCUCGCCUGAGCCGGGCGGAGGAGACGCCUCGAUAGGGUCCGCCGCCCGGCGCAGGGCAACUCCACUCGGAAGCGACAGCCACCACCACCACAAUCAACCUCCACCAAGGGAAUCCUCCGUGGCCGCCGCCGCCCGGCCGGUCUUGCUGGGUGCUGCCGGCCAAUUGUUCCCGUUCUCCAUCGUCUUGUCUGCCCCGGCUAGCGGGCGCCUAGACUAGCGUCGUCUCCCUCCUCCACCAACGUUCUUGCAACACCCCCGAGUGGGCAGCCAACUCAAAAAUCACAUACCAAGAGGAGCCAGAGUCGUCUAGGCC